AAGAAUCUAGACAACCAUGGCUCAGAUGUUUGUCAUCAAGAACCGUGGAUCCGGGCGGGUGUUGGAUGUGGAACGCGGCGGACAAGUCAUCAACUCCCCCGUCUUGCUGUACGACAAGCACGCCCAGGACAACCAGAAAUGGACACACAACAAGUAUAACCAGAUCUGCACCGCCCUGAAGCCGGGAGGUGAGGACGUGGCUAUCCACAUCCAUGACCGAGGUACCGGACAGGUCAUCAUGUCUGUCUGCCAGAAGGAUCCUACCCAAGCGAAGGAUCAGAUGUGGCUGCGGAACGAUGCUGACGGCACCAUCGCGUGUUAUGACGACCCUAUGCGUGUGCUCAGCGCAGGCGCAGGAAACGCAGGCGACCAUCUGAGGGUGGAACAGAAGGGAAACCCACCACCAGCCAGCCAGCAGUGGGACUGGGAGGCCAUGUAGAGCGCGCAUCCGUGACCGCCAUCUUGGUUCCGCCGCCAUCUGGGAACUGAUGGCCAUCUUGGUUCUGCCUUUCCCCAAACAUUUCAAGCACGCAUCGAGACUGUCGAUUUACACAUAGAUCAGUUUGUUUUUGUUCGCUUGGUUAUGUUGCUUAUGCGGGAAAGAAAUAAAUGCUCUUGCAAAGGAA